UGUGGGAGUGCGGCCCCCUUGUAGAAGAAAAGUCUACAUAACUACAGAUUUUCGAUUAUUUCUACAGUUUAAGGAUACAGCCAUGAAUACCUUCAUUAUUGUGAUCGUGUUGGCAGUGUUGGGCAGCUCGCAUGGAGCACCUUCAAGGAGAAGCUCAGGGUCGGGUACACCAUGGGGAUAUCAUUUCUACGUGGCAGAAGAACUCGGUCCAGACGAGUGGUGGCAGAGUACCAUGAAUUGCGUUGGAAUGAAUCAAUCACCAAUUGAUCUGAAAGAAAGUGAAUCAGUUGAUGAAUGUUUUGGUGAGGUUGAAUUCACCGGAUUUGGCGACACUCCCCCAGAGGGCGCUACCAUGACAUUGGAAAAUACCGGACAUUACGUUAAAAUGUUGUUGACUGGUGAUUACUUGAUAAGUGGUGGAGGUCUUGGAGCCACGUACAAAUCAUACCAAUUUCAUUUCCAUUGGGGCAAUGCUGACGAACGUGGAUCGGAACAUUACAUGAAUUCCGAAGCACACCCAGCAGAGAUGCACAUCGUGACAUAUGACACUAGCAGAUUUUCAAGUGGCACAGAGGCCACUGGACAGCCAGAUGGUUUGGCCGUUUUUGCUUUUCUAAUUGAGCUUCAAGGCGAAGAUAACGAAGCCUUCUCCACGUUCUUUGAUUUGUUCGAAGAUAUUGAAGAGGAUGGCGAUGCCCACGAGCUGGAAACUCCCUUCAGUAUCGAGUCUUUAUUGCCAGAAGACAGGUCGGCAUAUUACCGUUAUUCCGGUUCGCUGACUACACCACCAUGCUCUGAGGGCGUGGUCUGGACUAACUUCGUCAAUACCAUCAAACUGUCUGAAGAUCAGUUGAACAAAUUCCGUGGUUUGAAAGAUGAAUUAGAACAAAACAUGAAAGAUAACUUCCGAGCAAUUCAGCCUCUUCAUAAUCGUACUCUUUACAUGAACAGUUGCUAAAUCGAUGAUAUAAUUGUACAUGCAAUUAUUAUGAAAUAAAUAAUCAUUGUCACGUA